GUUGAAGCAUUCAUUUCACUGGCGUUUUAAUAUUGUUGAGAAGUUUUGAUAAAUUGUCCAAAUGGCGCUUUCUGCAUCGGUUUUUCAUGUUCUGAGUUUUGUGUACGCUGGACUAAGCUUGGCGGGAUCGUUACUCCUCCUGUUCUACAGGAAAGAUUUGGCAACAUCUGAAAAUGAGUGUCAAUUUAUCCAUCUUUUUGCGGUUCUAUGGUUGAUUUUUAAUUUCACCCUCGUUUACGGUCUUUGUUUGCGCGAUACAACCUUCGUACGGAUCCACCUGUACUACGUCCAGGCGGUAUUUUGGACGUUCGUCGUUGCCCUGUUUGCGCUGGUAGUCUCGCUUUUGGCCGUACUCGUUGGUUUGAUGGAUGAAGUCAACCUUCCCUGGGCCAGCAAAGUUGGCCUUGCCCAAGGUGCGGCGGAAGUUUUGGGGAUCAUCUUCCUGGUGUGCUGUGCAGUGCUAUACGUGGUCUAUUCAAUCAUACAAGGCGUCCUCAAAGGAUUUAUUUACGCAACAAAAAGAGAUGAAGAGGUGCAGGUUUCGAUUAAUAUCGUCAACUGAAAAUGAAUUUUGCUUUAAUUUUGCAUGUAAUUUCAAUUUGUGUCGAUUUGAUAAUUCAAUAAAUUGA